AUUCUAAAGCAUUUGUGUCCACUGUGACUCUUCAGUGAGAGGACAUACAUACAUUUAUUUUUAUUUUAUUUUUAUAUUUAUAUUAAUAUACCACUCAAUUGUGGUUUUUAAAAAAAACAAAACAAAAAACCCUUCCAAAUAUAAAACAGAACAAUCAAGAAAAAUGCAACUACAAAACAUACAAAAGUUUAAAUACUAAAACACAUUAAUAUUACCUCAACUUUAUAAGCAUCUGAGUGUUGUUUUAUUAUUAUUAUGUAUUAAAUUCCUAUACGGCCCUUCAUCCAAGGAUCACAUUUUGAAGUGUGAUUCUGUCCUCUGGGGUCUUAGCCACCCCUCCCAAUUUGGUGUCAUCUGCAAACUUGCUCAGGAUUCCCUCAAGCCCAUCAUCCAAGUCAUUGAUGAAUAUGUUGAAUAAGACUGGGCCCAAGACAGAACCCUGUGGCACCCCACUAGUCACUACUCUCCAGGAUGAGGAGGAGCCAUUGAUGAGCACCCUUUGGGUUCGGUCAGUAAGCCAGUUACAAAUCCACUGAAUGGUAGCAUUGUCUAGCCCGCAUUUUACCAGCUUCUUUACAAGAAUAUCAUGGGGCACCUUGUCAAAGGCCUUGCUGAAAUCAAGAUAGGCUACAUCCACAGCGUUCCAUUCAUCUACCAGGCUUGUAAUUCUGUCAAAAAAUGAGAUCAGAUUAGUCUGACAUGACUUAUUUUUCAGGAACCCAUGCUGACUUUUAGUGAUCACCGCGUUUCUUUCUAGGUGCUCACAGACCGUUUGCUUAAUGAUCUGCUCUAGAAUCUUUCCUGGUAUUGAUGUCAUGCCGACUGGGCGGUAAAUGUUUGGGUCCUCUCUUUUCCCCUUUUUGAACAUAGGGACAACAGUUGCCCUCCUCCAGUCUGCUGUUCUCCAGGAAUUUUCAAAGAUUAUUGCCAGUGGUUCUGAAAUCACCUCUGCCAGUUCUUUUAAUACUCUUGGAUGUAGUUCAUCUGGCCCUGGAGACGAGUACAUCUAAACUAGCCAAGUAUUCUUGUACUACCUCCUUACUUAUUCUGGGCUGUGUUUCCCCUGCUGAAUCAUCUGCUCCAUAUUCUUCAGGUUGGGCAUUGUUUUCUUUUUUGGAGAAGACUGAGGCAAAGAAGGUAUUGAGGAGUUCUGCCCUUUCUCUGUCCCCUGUUCUCAUUUCACCAUCUUCUCUAAGUGACCCCAUUGUUUCCUUGUUCUUCCUUUUGCUAUGGACAUACCCAUAAAAGCCCUUUUUGUUGCUUUUAACCUCUCUAGCAAGCCUGAGUUCAUUCUGUGCUUUAGCUUUUCUGACUUUGUCUCUACACGUGCUGACUACCGUAUAUGUUUGAAUUCCUCUCUGGUGAUUUCCCCCUUUUUCCAUUUUUUGUACAUAUCCCUUUUAAAUCUUAACUCAGUUAAAAGUUCUUUAGAUAGCCACCCUAGCUUCUUUAGGCACCUUCCAUGUUUCCAUCUCAUUGGUAUUGCCUGAAGUUGUGCUUUUAAUAUCUCCCUUUUAACAAACUCCCAACCAUCAUGAACUCCCUUCCCUUUUAGUAUUUAUGUCCAUGGGAUCUCACCCAGCGUUUCCCUAAGUUUUCUGAAGUCGGCUUUCUUAAAGUCUAGGAUUUGAGUCUUAGUAUGCUUGGUUGCUCCUUUCCGCUGAAUAAUAAACUCCAGAAGAGCAUGAUCACUCCCACCUAAUGAUCCUGCCACUUCUACCCCACUAACCAGGUCAUCACUAUUGGUUAGGACCAGAUCUAAAAUGACUGAUCCUCUUGUUGCUUCUCCCACUUUCUGGACAAUGAAAUUGCCUGCAAGGCCAGUGAGGAAUCUGUUCGACCUUAUGCUCUUGGCUGAAUUUGACAUCCAACAAAUAUCAGGAAUAGUUGAAAUCCCCCAUUACUACUAUCUCACUUCCUUUUGAAUGCUUGGUCAUCUGUUCCAGGAAGGCAUCAUCUGUGUCCUCAGUUUGGCUUGGGGAUCUAUAGUAAACUCCCACAAUGAGAUCACUCUUAUUUUUCUCUCCCUUAAUUUUGACCCAGAUACACUCAAUUUGUUCAUACACUAAAUAAUGAUUUUCAACACAAGGUAGCAAAGCAGAUUCGAACAGAGAUGUCUAAAACUCUGGAGAGUUCAUAUAAGACAGUUCAAACUAGUCUGUACCUUUUAAAGGCAGUUGCUCAGAUUCCCUGUAGGGAGGGAAAUGGUUUGCUGUCCCCUUUAAAGGCAGCAACUAUGAAGUCAUCACAUGCAAAAAAGGGUUCUAGAAACAAGGUUCAGUUACCAGGCAUUUGCCAUGACAACGGUGGUUGUGUUUGAAUUGUGAUUGUGGCUGCAGCUAGCAUGGCAGUUGAUGAGCAGGACCCAGAAGCUUUUGGAGUGAAAAAGGAUGAGGUGCUGUGCACUGCAGCUGCCUGUUUCUUUCAGCGGAUGUGAAAGCUGGUAAUUGGGUGAGGGUCUUUACUCCUUUCCCCCUUUCUUGUGCCAGGCAAAGGCAACUUUGCUUCUCAUGGCCAUCAAUGGUUCAACAAGUCAAGAUAGGUCCUUACAUUUAAAUAUUACUAUCCUCUUGGUGGCAAAUUGAUGACUUUGGUCAGUAUCUAGUUUCUUUUCUUUUUUUUAAAGGCUAUAUUUUGAACUGAGCAUGGGCUGAAGGACGAGGGACACCCACUCCAUUCAUUCCCAAGAGCUGUGCAAAUAGCCACAGAGGUAAUGUCUGGAGGUCUUCCCCAUUUCUUCUGCCCGGACACUGAGGUCCAGCACCGAGGGCCUUCUGGCGGUUCCCUCAUUGCGAGAUGCCAAGUUGCAGGGAACUAGGCAGAGGGCCUUCUCGGUGGUGGCGCGUGCCCUGUGGAACGCCCUCCCAACAGAUGUCAAAGAGGAAAACAACUACCAGACUUUUAGAAGACAUCUGAAGGCAGCCCUGUUCAGGGAGGCUUUUAAUGUUUAAUAGAUUACUGUGUUUUAUUUUUCUGUUGGAAGCCGCCCAGAGUGGCUGGGGAAACCCAGCCAGAUGGGCGGGGUAUACAUAAUAAAUUAUUAUUAUUAUUAUUAUUAUUAUUAUUAUUAUUAUUUCUUUGGAAGCACAACGUUUGUGGCAGAGAAGUUUGUUUCUCGUUCUGUGCCACUUCCCUGUGCAGUUGACUAAAGGCAAAAGUACCCGAGGCUCUGGGUGGCACACAAGAAUGGCCACAUGCACAAUAGUUGAUUUCACCCUUGAAAGGGUGGUCACCACAGAGCAGUUGGAAAUGGAUGGCCAUUCUGCCACUAUUGCAGCUGCCACUCACCACAGAAGGUUUCUGUUCAAGCUCAAGAUGGAUGAUAUUAUGGUGAACCUGAAGACCUUUCAGCCAGAGUACGGAGCAGGGAUACAUGAGCCCCUGAUGAGCCUAAGAUGCCGUGCCAAAGGACUGACAGUGACUGCCUGUGCCCACGCAUUCUUAUUCUGCAGACUGCUCCAAGCCACCAGGCAGAAAAGAGAGGGUGACAGCCAAGGCCUGAAGCUUGGGAUUAUUGGUGGAGGCCAUAUUGGGAAACAACUGGCAAGGACAAUGUUGCAUCUGGGUGGCAUGUCAGGAAAGAACAUCCACAUAUCUACAAGGCGUCCAGAAACUCUGGGAGAAUUUGAGACACUGGGAGUUACCUGCUUUUAUGACAACAGGAAGCUGGUGGGCUGGGCACAUGCUGUAUUUCUCUGCUGUCUUCCGUCUCACCUUCCACACAUUUGUGCAGAAAUCCAGGAUGCACUUACAAAAUGUUGCAUUGUCUACAGCCUGGUCACAGCUAUCCCUCUGCCCAGGCUGAAACAACUUCUUUCUUCCAAUAACAUAUUGAGGCCACAGUACAAGUUUGUGGAGAGUGGGCUUUUUCAGAUGUGGGAGGCCAGCAGGACAGUUGUGGAAGCCCUCAAAGACCCAGCUGUUAUCCAAGCCACAUGUCCCUGUAACCCUAAUGCGGAAAUUGUUGUCAAUACAAAGUGGCUGGCAGCCGUUUUCUACGCAGCUCUAAAUAGCUGCACAUGGCAGUCUGUACCCUACAUGAGAGCCUUGGUCUUCCUCAAUGAGGCAUGUUUUCCUGUAAAAGCUAGUACCACCUCCUUAGAUAAUAGACCGGAAUCGCCAGAGCUAGUUUGUGAAAACUUCAUCAACCAAGCCUUCGCUUCCACCCUGCAAUAUAAUGAUACUUUCCCAUUGUUUGACCUGACAGCUGUACAGCAAAGGGACUCACCUUUUAGCCAGUUUCUUGAAUCAACUACAUCUUUCCAGAAAGUUGCUUUAUUAUAUCGUAACUUGAUUGCCGUAUUAUCCACAAACAUUGAAGACUCCGUGAGCGCUGUCUCUAAGAAGACAUCUCUUUCAGCUGUGCUACUGAACCCCACCAAGACUUUGAUUCAUGGCAUAGAUGGGACCUUCAUAAGCAAAGUAGAAGAGGGAUCUAGUUCUGAUUCUGAAGAGACAUAAAUUAACUAUGGUGUGAUUCCAAUCAGGAAGAAGUAGGAAAGGUAUUGCUUUUAAUAUUAGUACUAAAAACUAUGUAAAUAUUAAGUAACUACUACCCUUUCUAACCACAUACAUUUCAGGAAUCCAAAUAGUGAUUUGUGAUGAAAAUAUAUAUAAUUGUGGGGGUGUGGGGAUGUGGGGGUGAUAUUUAGCAAAGGAAAGUUUGUAACAGAGGCUAAGCAGGGAAGAAUUACUACAAACUGAAACUCAGGAAUGACAUGUUUUUAAAAUGUUUAGAUCCUAUCAUACUAAUCUAUGCUAUGGUAUGGUAAAAUAAAGUGAGAGGAAACACUAAUAUAAUUAUUAAGCCAUUUGUUCUUUAACCUCU